AUGAGGAUGCAUCUUCUCUCCUUUGAUCCUAGCUACAUCAACUGUAUUGAAAAUGGACCACAUGUUCCAGUCAAAAUCAAUACUGCCCUGAGACUUGAUGGAAGUGAAGCAGAAGAUGUUGAAGUGCCUAAAAAUCCUUCUGAGUUUACUGAAGAAGAUGAGAAAGAAGUGCACAAGGAUAACAAGGCUAUGAACAUUCUUUUUAAUGGUAUUGAUGAUGAUAUGUUUGAUAGUGUUAUCAACUGCCCUAUUGCAAAAAAAGUGUGGGAUACUAUUCAAACUCUAUGUGAAGGCACUGAUCAAGUUAUGGAAAACAAGAUGCAGCUGUUUGUCCAACAAUAUGAGAGCUUUCAUUCUAAAUCUGGGGAAUCUCUAAAUGAUUUAUUUAACAGAUUUCAAAAACUAUUAAAUGGAUUUAAGUUGUAUGGUAGAAUCUAUAUGGUCAAGGACUCAAAUCUCAAAUUCUUGAGAGCCUUGCCUAGAGAUUGGAAACCUAUGACUGUUGCUUUAAGACAAGCUCAGAAUUUUAAUGAAUACUCUCUUGACAAACUCUAUGGUAUUCUUAAGACUUAUGAGCUUGAAAUACAGCAAGAUGAAGAACUGGAAAAGAACUCCAAGAGGGAGAAAACUGUGGCUCUUGCCUCAAACAACUCUGCUUGUGAAGAAAAGAAGGAUGAUGGAAAAAAGAAAGCAAAAAUCAUCGAAGAAGAUGAAGAAUCUUCAGCUCAAGAUGAGCUAGAUGACCUUGAUGAUCAUCUAGCAUUUCUUGCCAGAAAAUUCUCCAAGCUCAAGUUCAAACAAAAUGCUGUCAGCUCUAGACUAUUCAACAGAGGAAAUCAAUCCAAACCAUCUGGUAUGGUUGAUAGAUCAAAAUUCAAGUGUUUCAAUUGUGGUCUACCUGGACACUUCUCUAAUGAGUGCAGAAGACCUUCUGCUGAAAAGAAAGGAUCUUCCUCAGAAAAUGUGGAUUACAGAAGAAAGUAUUUUGAUCUACUCAAGCAAAGCAAGGAGAAGGCACUCAUAACUGAGGAUGGUGACUGGGCUGCUGAUGAAGGAGAUUCUGACAAUGAGGAACAUGUCAAUCUUCCCUUGAUGGCAAUUGGAGAUGAAGCUGAUUCUUCCACCACCAGCAAUGGACAGGUAAAAACCACCAACACAUCUGAUCUGUCUAAGUCUAAAUGCAAACAAAUCAUUGAUGACAUGUCUAAUGAAAUCUAUAAUCUUAGAGUCUCUCUUAAAUCUCUAACAAAAGAAAAUGUUAGAAUUAAAGGGACUAAUGAUUUGCUUGCCGAAAGAAAUGGAAAGCUUCAGACUGAAUUAACCCAAAUGGAUAAAAUCAAAAAGUCUUCUGAGCUUGCCAAAGAUGAGUUGCUGGCCGUUCUGAAAAGAGAGGAAAUUCUCAAGAAGCAACUGGAAAGGGAACAAGAGAUAUUUGCUAAAUGGAAAGAUUCUAGGAAUGCUCUUAAGAACAUGUGCUCCACACAAGUUCUUGAGGAAUCAUGUAAAAAUUCCUGGAGAAGGGACAAAAAAUUGUUAGAUGAAUCUGAUCUCUUAGUGGAUAGUGAUCAUCCAUUGAUAGAUACUCAAUCAACGGAUGAAAGCUAUCCAUUGAAGAAUCAAACAGCAGUUGAUGACAACAAACUCAGGAAGUUGGAUAAGAGUAUGGGCCCAUCAAUAAAAAUUUUGUGA